AUGCAGAAAUAUAAAUCAAUAAAAACUUGGGAAAGAAUCAAUAAGAUUAAGACACCACAUCCAAAAUAUGAAUAUGAUAAUUAUAAAGAAAUAGAUCAAAAAUUUAAGUAAUUUGAAGAGAAUAGUGAUCCUGAAUUCAAUAGUCCCACAUCUUUAUUUGGAUCAAUUCUUAUAUAAACUGCAGUAUAAGGAUUAUAAAUGACUAAUAUAUUAUAACAUUAGAGUUAACCAUUAAAUAGAAUGAGUUAAAGGUUCUUAUUUAUAAUUAUUUUGUUUUUUAGUAUUUUGAAGGCAUUUGACAUUAAUCCUACAAACUUAAACUAGUUAAAGACUGCGCAAGAGAGACAGUAAUUAAUCCUAAUUAAGCAAGCGAAUACAUUAAGCACCAAAUGAAUAGUACCAUUGAUACAUUACUUAAAAAUUGGUCAGACAAGAUUUUUCUAAAAGAAUAGAAAUGCAAGGAAGUUGAUUAAUAAAUGAAGAAAGAGAAAUUAAAUAAUUAAACUAAGAGACAUUUCAAAUGGUUAUAAUUAAAAACAAAAUAUGAAUAAUUGAAAAAUAAGUUACGAUAAAUUGUAGUUGAUAAAUUAAAUGAUUAUGAAAAUUAAUAAUUAGCAAUUAAGUCUUAGAAUUAACCUUUAAUGCUUAAAAAUGUAUAAGUAAUUACAACUCGUAAUAUAUUUGAAAAUAUGGAAAAGUAUGGUCAUUCUAAUGAAUUUCAUUUUUUAAAAUCUUUAGGUUAAGAUAGAUUGAAAUAAAUUAAAGAAAAAUAAAAUAAAUAAGUAAAUUAAUAGAAUGAUGAUACUAAUAAAUAAGAUAAUACUAAACAUUCAUUAUAUGAAGUUGUUUGGGAUAAUUAAUAAGAAUCAAUAUUUACAAAAUAAAGAAGUUAAACUAAAUAAUUAUUUACGUAUUUGUAUUUAUAUUAUAUAGAAAUGAAAUUGCUUGUUCUAAUUGGAAUGAUUUAGGAUUUCUACCUAUUUUAUAAUAAAUGACAUUAAAUGAGAAAAAGAAAUAAUAAAGAGAACAUAUCUUAAAUAAAUAUACAGAUGGUGAAUUUCUUACAGCAUAAGAACUUUAAUUUUUAGCUAACACAAGUGAAUUAUUAAAUGCUUGUUUGGAUCGUGAUUUCUUUUAAAAAGCUGCUAAUUAAGUUAAUCCUGAUCUCCUUUUUAAUAUGGAAUUAUCUUUAGCUGAAUAAAUAUUAAAUGAUUAUGAAGAAAUGAAAGCAGCAACCAUGAAGGCAAGAUUAUAAUAUAUUAGAGUGAAAAUAUAAAAGACAAAAGAGAAAUUAGUAAAAAGAGAAUAACUUUUAUUAAAAUAAUCAAUAGAUGCAUAUAAUAUGGAAUUAAAUAGAAAAUAUAUUAAAGUAUGUAAGACUGUUGUUAAACAUAUGGAAAGAACAGGUAAAUUUGAAGAGAAAAUACCAAGUGAAAUUCCAGGAGCAACUUAACUUAAAGAUUUUUUGAUGGGCAAAAUAACUGAAAAAUAAUUCAUCAAUAAAUUAUAUGAUUAUGUUCUUGAAAAAGAGAGAAGAAAAUAAUAUAUAGAUUUUAGUGAGGAAGAUAAUUAAUACAAUUAUUCAUCAUAAUAAUAAUUGAAAACAUAAAAAUAACCUUAACCUUAAAGUCCAAGGGGAACUUCUGUUAAAAAUAAAAGACAAGAAUACUUAAAAGCCAUGGCUAGACCUAAGAGUACAAUAGGAGGAUAAUUUACAUCAAAUAUUAAAAGACAUCUUUUUCAUCCAUCUACAAAAUUACUAAUAGAUAAAAAAUUAGAAGCUGAAGAAAAUGAAUUAGCUUAUAUAAAUCCUAUAUCUGCUUAAUAUAAUAAAUAUGAACAGGAAAAAUUCAAACUUGGAUUAAAAAGUCAUCCUGCAUUAAGAUAAAGGAAGAAUUUUAAAAAGUUUUAUUCAGGAGGUCCUCCUACUUAACCAGAAUUAGAACAUUGGAAGAGUCCUAAUUAUUAACCUACUUAAAAAGAAAUAAGGGCUGCAAUAGUUAUUUAAAGAAAAUUGAGAUCUUUAUUUAGAGAAAAGAAACUAAGACAAAAACUUGAAGAGAGAAGAAAAUAAAUAUAUUAUUUAUUUAAAGAUAAUUGUGAAAAUAUGGUUCAUCAAAUAGAAAUGGGAUAAGAUUAAUAAGUUUCAUUUUUUUAUCUUAAUAAAUAAUUAGAGAGAUGUAAAGCAAUUGCUAAAGAUUAAAUAAACUUUGGUAAUAUUAGAACUGAUGAAAAUAGUAGAAAGAAUAGUGAAAAGAAAAGUUUUAAUCUAAGUACUGGAAUUUCUACACCAACUCCUAAAACUUUUUAAAGUUUAAGAUUACCUUUACAAUAAAAUAAAAUAAAAGUAGAUUUACUAUUUGAAGCAGUUCAAAAGAAUAGAAUAAUGAUGAUGAAAUAAUCACAUUUUGUUUAUUCUGCAAAUGAUAUUAAUUCCUAAAAUUAUGAUGGAAUUACUCCACUUCAUAUUGCAGUUUUAAAAGGAAAUUAAGAUUUUGUGGAAUGGUAAUAUUAAAUUGUUAUUUUUAGGUUACUUUAAAAUGGAGCUGAUCCUUAUAUAAUGGAUUAAUAAAAUAUAACUCCAAUAGAUAUGGCCAGACAUUACAAUAAAACUAAAGUAUAUAUAUAUUAAUUGAAAUAAAUAGAUAAUUAGACUUUUUGAAUAAUAUAAAAAACUUUGA